AUGUCCGACGAUAUAUGCGCCAGCGAGAGCCAAGCGGUGGCAUUGGCAACCAAGAAGAAGAGGAGCUCUCGGCAAUUCACCAGACAAUUGACGUUUGUGGAUAUCGAGAGGUCGUUUACGACGGCGGGAGAAAUUGAGACUCCGGACGUGCUGCGGAAUGGAGGGUUCCAUCAUCAGAAUGGAUACUGGAAUGGAAAUGGAAACAGUCGAUACAGCGAUUCGAAUGAUCGUCCAGUCGCCAUUGUAAUCGGAACAGGCAAUACUUCAUCGGAAAUCGCAACACGAGAGCUUUCCCAACAUCUCCACCGCAAAGGCUACCGAGUCGCUCUCAUUGACAGUGAAAUCUCCGCGGGCCAACAUCUCGUGCAUCAGAUCAACGACUUCCACAAUGCCCAGUUUUUUCCGUGCGAUGCCUCGUCCGCGGCUGCACAGUUUUCGCAUGUGUGGAAAACGUGGAAACGCAUUGAUCUGGUGUGCAUGACACAAGCAGAUUCGCCAACGGGUACAGCAAUUGUGUAUGAGGGACUACGGGAUGUAUUGCAGCAGGCUGUGCAUUUUAUGAGGCAGAAUGAUCCGCCUGGAGGCAAAAUUAUCGUGAGUAGGAGCAUCCUUCCGCAUCAACAACGCCUUCGAGAGGACUGCGGGACACAACAGGCGACUGCAGCACUGCUACAGUUUGUCAGAGAAGUGGCGCCGUUGUUGAAGAGUAAGGAGAGCAUUUUGAUGAAUGUGGUUCUAUCUGAAUGCGUGAGCUCGCCGACGGGCAUGCCGAAGGAGAUGAAUGGCGCUGUGAGCCUCGCCGACUGCAUGACCCCCAUGUCAACCAUUCUCGCGGCGUACGACGUGUUCAUCCAUGAUGAGACGGCGCAGGUUGGAAAAGCUCUGGAGGCAUCGGGUGAUAGACUCGUCUUCUACGAUCCGCCUGAAUAUGGCAAGGGUCACACGACCGAGCAGGCUGCGAGUGUUUGCGAGGUUGCCAUCCCGUAUACGUGCAUAGCGAAGGAUCUGGGCUGGGGAGAUCUCAUCCCUGGAUCUACGGUAGGUAGCAUUCCGUCUCAUGGUAGUCCUGGACCCGACAUCUAG